UCCAUCUACUAUGGGUGAUACGGACAGACCCUCCGACCUGGCACGAAUCCGAGAAAAUCAAAGAAGAUCACGAGCCCGAAGAAAAGAAUACCUGCAAGACCUCGAAAGGAAAUGGCGACGGUGUGAGAAAUUUGGAAUCGAGGCUUCGGUGGAAAUUCAAGUCGCUGCGAAAAAAGUUUUGGAGGAGAAUUUGAGGUUGAGGGCUUUGCUUAUGAGGAAUGGCGUUUCUUUGGACGAUGAGGGUCCGAGAUCUACAUCUGAUGUUGCUGCGGAUUUGGAUUCUUUGUUUGGUGCGAAUCGGAGGUGUGGAGAUUCAUGCGGACUGAAACAGCAGCAGCAACAACAACGGACUUCUUCUGCUUCUCUUUCGCCUUGGCCGACACAGCGAAGUCCUCUGAGCAGCAACGAGAACACGUGCUCUACCCUCCUCCUCCCCCCCUCCUACCCACCCUCAUCAGGACCUUGCACUGGCACAAACUCCACAUCUCCAGCAAAUUGGUCCACAGUCUCGGAUCCAACAGCCUACAAUGACCAAUACGACUUACCUCCAUCACAGCUAAACGACGCAUCCUCGUGUCGAGACGUUGCAGAUGCGAUACGAUACAUUCGACCUGGAGUCGGAGACGAGUUGGAAUCGGAGAUGGGUUGUCAGGACGGUAAUUAUUGCGAAAUACCUGCGACUCGGGCAUUUGAUCUCAUGGAUAGGUUUUCCUCUGAUGAUUUGGGUGGAUCGAGACGACAAUGACAAUUGUGGUACGCUUCGGAGAGGGGAAAGAUGGGAUUUGUUGGAGAGAGUUCUUUCAAGAUUAAUGUUAUUUGUGUGAAUUAUCACGAGCUUGAUACGAGUGUUGAACACGCCGAGGAUGUUCCGUUCCCCACUACUUUAUCUGCAAUUGCUCCUGGACAACAUGAUCGGAGCUGAGCCAUCGAUGCGUUGCCCAUACGCCUCAUUGACCACGAGUCGAGGACGCCGUUUGCCUGAGAAGUAGAUGCAAGUUGGUCCAGUUGAGUCUGGGGAUGCUCCAUUCUAAGAUCUUGACACAGCAGGGUUGAAGCUGAUGUCGAACUGGCUAGACAGGAUAGCUGGAUCGAAGAGGCUGUUGUACGGGAACUCGACGCCAGACUGCUCCAGGACACUGACCGCCUGCGCGUUGGACCACACACAGCUGAGAUCCACACUUAAGCUGAGGUGCGCGAUGGCCGCUUUCAAAAAGUAUCUCGUUCUGCGCCAUCGACAUGCUAGGGUCGAAGGCAUCCCAGCGUCCAUCAUCCUCAACUGCGGUGUUCGGGGCAGCAGGAUUGAAUGCGUGAUCAAAGGGCGUUGUCAAAGACCGGCACCCAGUCGUCAGCUACCUAGGCGCUCAAAGGUGCACCACCUUGCCGCCACAGUCCUGAUAGCGACUGUCCUGCCAACCGAGAGCUCACCGAGACGCUUUGUAGUCACGUUCAGUAUGGGCACUGCCUCAUCCCACGCCGGCUGUUCUGCUUGCCGAACAUCCAUUUCGACCGCGGCAAGAUCGGGAUCAGGCUGAUCAAGCCGUGCUGGAUACUCCGCCAGUAUCAGCUUGCUUUCAGUGGCAAGGGCGGCCUCCACUGCAGCGGAUAUCGAGCGAUUGAUGCCUUGAGCCGAGAAAGCUGUGGUUGGUCGGUGAACUUGAAUAAGGUCAAGAACUGCCAGCACAGGCCGUGCACUCUUGUAACGCAGCGCAGUGUCAGCGUCAUGUGGCCGUUUUGCGAGAGCCAGGCUGUAGGUCGCCAGAUAUGCUCGAAGAUGAGUGAUGUCUGGGCAGAAUACCAGCUUUAACGUGCGCGAUGUGGACAGAAGCCGCAGGGUAGGUGUGCGCCAGAGGCGUCUCAUGCGGUCGGUAGGGAGAGUAGCUUCGUCCAGCCCGGCCUCCGUAGAAGCAGCUGCAUGCUCGAGAGACUCUAUGAAAGCAGUCUUGGUGGAGCAGACCACCAAAGUUGAUGGUGGUGCAUGACAAUCGAGCACAUGCUGCAGGAAGUCCAGUAUGCCGGCGCCUUCGAGGACAAUCGACUCGAGUGAAGGCAUGUCUGACAAAUUUUGUCAUGUGCAAGCAACUGUGACUAUCGCCAUGCAAUUUUAGAAGUGAGGCAGAUGGAUCAAAUUGCUGCCGCAGCUGAAGCUGGAAAGUGAGAGUCAGUAGUGGGGAGCAAAGGCGC